AUGCCCCCUAUCGCUCCACCCGAGAAACCUGAUCCCGAAGAUGAGCCUAACGGUGAGCUUGAAGAUGAAGAUGAAGAUGAAGAUGAAUAUGAGCCUGACGAUAGUGCUAUUGGUACUAGACGUCUGUAUAUUGAAGUCACCCCCGACGUCAGUAACCCUUGGGAACGAGACACUAUGCCCUCAGUCAGCAGAUAA